AUGGAUGACAAAGCUAUUGCGGAGACAUUAAAUUUUAUUGUUAAAUUUCCAUUAACAAAUGGAAAUUUAGAUCAACCAUUAUCAAAGGAAUUCAUCUCCUUCUUACAACAAAACGAAAACCAGUUUAACUCAUUUAAGAUAUUAUCUGAUGAAAUUAAAAAGAAAAUUAACAUAACAAAAUCAGAUUUCUUACAAAUUCUUGCACAGUCAAAAAUACCAUACGGAAUUAUCAGUUCAUUGUUAAAUUUCUAUCUUUAUCCGAAUGAAAGAACAUUUAAUCAUUUAUUCAAAAUGAUCAAAGAAAUAGAUACUUUUCGUACAAUGAGAUUCAUUGAGGAAUUCUGGAAGGUUCCAUAUUACAAAAAAUUCAUUCAAGAACCAUUCAUUUGCAGUUGUUUAUUAGAUAUAGCAGAUCAUUACCUGAAACAAUCAGAUAUGGACGUUAAAAAGUACGGUAUCUUUAUUCUACAGUCCGAAGAGAGAAUCGAUGCCUUACUAACAUUCGUUAAACAGCAUUGCAGUGAAAAAGAUUUUCCUUUAUCAUCACCAACACUAUCGGAAGAAGACAUUUCAAUAGCAGGAGCCCAUAAUUGUAUCAAGCCAUAUUAUAUUUACUACGGCCGCGCUCAGUACUACGAUGAAGAAUAUUCUAAACAAACAGAUAAAAAAGUUAAAUUCGAAAAACUCAAAUUAUCCAUUAGUAAUUACAUAUCAGCAUUGACUUACUCAGUAGAUAAUCGCUUGCUUGAAAAUAAGAUUAUUCCGCAAUUACAAGAAUGGAUCAAACUAAUGAUCCAAACAUGCUCAGACUUUGCAGAAUUAAAAAUGUGGACAGAUAAAUUGAAGUCUAAUGAUCCAUUUAUCAUUACUUUACAAUGUUUGGCAGAUUCACUUGAUUAUCAAAAUAAACCUCUUAGAAAAGACCCAAAUGUACCUAAAGUGAUACAGUUUUUGAAAGAGUCAGACGAAGAACACUAUCCUUAUUACGUAAAGAGGUUCAUUCUUACGUAUCUCUUGAAAGGAGAAAUUAAUCCAAAAUAUUUGGAUGGUUUUGAUCAAUCUAUCAUCCCACAAGCAUAUUAUAGAGAUGCUCAGUGGAAAUGGUCUCAUUUUGAGUAG